AUGUCAGUCAAAGCGCACCUCAAAAACCUUCACACAUUACGACAACAUUGCCAAAAAUAUAUGUGUAAAUACAGUGAAUUUACUUUUGCUAGAAAUGCUUUGCAUGAAACAAUUCCUGGAUGUGCUGGUUUCAUUUUGGGAUUGCCUAGGGAAGAAAAAUUGGACAGAUUAGUAGAUUUGGCAGAAGAAUUUUUAAUUGAACACAUUCUCCUUCAAUUGGACCCAAAUCGUCCACCACGUAUAGACUACAAUCAAUUGGAUAUUUUGUUGGGUUGGGCACGUGAUUUAAUUGAAUGGGCAGAUUAUAAAGAAUCUUUUAGUUUUAAAUUGGACCAGGUUCCGAGAAGGUUUUCUUUUUAUUUUUGAGGGUUUUAAGGAAAGGGGGAACCCAGCUGGCCACUAGACCCUUCAAAUUCCUUACUAGCUCUUCUAAAUCCCCCAGUAUUCUUCUUAAUCAUUCCAAAUCACUGUCAAUAUAUCCCUGUUAAUCCCCAAUUUGAGAACUUAUGUUAGCAAAAGCGUUUACUAGGUCCCCUUAUGUGCUCUCCCAAAUCCUCAGUAUCCUUUUAGUAGCUCUCACAAACUCAGUAUCUCUCUUAAUCCUUACAAAUCAGAUAUCUCCUUGAGCUUCCUCUUGGUUGAGGGCCUUGUAAAAGCGUUUAGAGCUCGUACUACACUCUUCAAAUUCUUUACUAGCUUCCUGAAAUCUCCCCGAAUCCCUCCUAGUUCUUCCAAAUCCUUAGAUAUCAGAUGUUCAAGACCCAAAAUUUUCCAAGACUCAAGACUAGACCCAAAGGCACGCAUGACUAGA